CUUCCCGUCCUGGUUGGUUAUGGGCGUGAACUCUUUGGAGACGUAAACAUUUCCAAGUGGACAGAGUGGGUUGGCCAUUUUAUUGUCUGGGCUGGACCUGGAAAAGGGCGCGGUGGCUUCCUUGAGGUGUGAAAGACGAGAAAAAGCUCCGGCUCCUGUCAUCGCCGUCCCUCCGCUGCUGCCGCCCCCGCAAGGCUUCGCCGUCGCCGGAGCUACCUCCAGCGACUCGUCGCACCCGAUUCUCUCCGCUUCGCUUCCCGCCAACCGCAACCAUUGACGCCAUGUCGGGUUAUUCGAGUGACCGAGACCGCGGCCGAGAUCGAGGAUUCGGUGCGCCUCGAUUUGGAGGAAGUAGGGCAGGGCCUUUAUCUGGAAAGAAGUUUGGAAACCCUGGGGAGAAACUGGUUAAAAAGAAGUGGAAUCUUGAUGAGCUGCCCAAAUUUGAGAAGAAUUUUUAUCAAGAACACCCUGAUUUGGCCAGGCGUACAGCACAAGAGGUAGAGACAUAUAGAAGAAGCAAGGAAAUUACAGUUAGAGGUCACAACUGCCCAAAGCCAGUUCUGAAUUUUUAUGAAGCAAACUUCCCUGCAAACGUCAUGGAUGUGAUUGCAAGGCAGAACUUUACUGAACCCACAGCUAUUCAAGCUCAGGGAUGGCCAGUUGCUCUAAGUGGAUUGGAUAUGGUUGGGGUAGCACAAACUGGAUCUGGGAAGACGUUGUCUUAUUUGCUACCUGCCAUCGUCCACAUCAAUCAUCAGCCAUUCCUAGAGAGAGGUGAUGGGCCUAUUUGCUUGGUGCUGGCACCAACUCGGGAACUGGCCCAACAGGUACAGCAAGUGGCUGCUGAAUACUGUAGAGCAUGUCGCUUGAAGUCUACUUGCAUUUAUGGUGGUGCUCCCAAGGGACCACAAAUACGUGAUUUGGAGAGAGGUGUGGAAAUCUGUAUUGCAACACCUGGAAGACUGAUUGACUUUUUAGAAUGUGGGAAAACCAAUCUAAGAAGAACAACCUACCUUGUCCUUGAUGAAGCGGAUAGGAUGCUUGAUAUGGGAUUCGAACCCCAAAUAAGGAAGAUUGUGGAUCAGAUAAGACCCGAUAGGCAAACUUUAAUGUGGAGUGCUACUUGGCCAAAAGAAGUAAGACAGCUUGCUGAAGAUUUCCUGAAAGACUAUAUUCAUAUAAACAUUGGUGCACUAGAACUGAGUGCAAAUCACAACAUUCUUCAGAUUGUGGAUGUGUGUCAUGACGUAGAAAAGGAUGAAAAGCUUAUUCGUCUAAUGGAAGAGAUUAUGAGUGAGAAGGAGAAUAAAACCAUUGUUUUUGUUGAAACCAAAAGGAGAUGUGAUGAACUCACUAGAAAAAUGAGGAGAGAUGGGUGGCCUGCCAUGGGUAUCCAUGGUGACAAGAGUCAACAGGAACGAGACUGGGUUCUAAAUGAAUUCAAACAUGGAAAGGCUCCUAUUCUGAUUGCUACAGAUGUGGCCUCCAGAGGGCUAGAUGUGGAAGAUGUGAAAUUUGUCAUCAAUUAUGACUACCCUAACUCCUCAGAGGAUUAUAUUCACCGAAUUGGAAGAACUGCUCGCAGUACCAAAACAGGCACAGCAUACACUUUCUUUACACCUAAUAACAUAAAGCAAGUGAGCGACCUUAUCUCUGUGCUUCGUGAAGCUAAUCAAGCAAUUAAUCCCAAGUUGCUUCAGUUGGUCGAAGACAGAGGUUCAGGUCGUUCCAGGGGUAGAGGAGGCAUGAAGGAUGACCGUCGGGACAGAUACUCUGCGGGCAAAAGGGGUGGAUUUAAUACAUUUAGAGACAGGGAAAAUUAUGACCGAGGUUACUCUAGUCUACUUAAGAGAGAUUUUGGGGCAAAAACUCAGAAUGGUGUUUACAGUGCUGCAAAUUACACCAAUGGGAGCUUUGGAAGUAAUUUUGUGUCUGCUGGUAUACAGACCAGUUUUAGGACUGGUAAUCCAACAGGGACUUACCAGAAUGGUUAUGAUAGCACUCAGCAAUAUGGGAGUAAUGUUGCAAAUAUGCACAAUGGUAUGAACCAACAGGCAUAUGCAUAUCCUGCUACUGCAGCUGCGCCUAUGAUUGGUUAUCCAAUGCCAACAGGAUAUUCUCAAUAAGACUUUAGAAGUAUAUGUAAAUGUCUGUUUUUCAUAAUUGCUCUUUAUAUUGUGUGUUAUCAAACAAGAUAGUUAUUUAAGAAACAUGGGAAAUGCAGAAAUGACUGCAGUGCAGCAGUAAUUAUGGUGCACUUUUUCGCUAUUUAAGUUGGAUAUUUCUCUACAUUCCUGAAACAAUUUUUAGGUUUUUUUUGUACUAGAAAAUGCAGGCAGUGUUUUCACAAAAGUAAAUGUACAGUGAUUUGAAAUACAAUAAAUGAAGGCAAUGCAUGGCCUUCCAAUAAAAAAUAUUUGAAGACUGAA